AACUUGUCAAAUUGGAAUUCGGCAUCGAUAAGGUGGACCACGUUGUCUGCCGCGUUUUCGGUUUUUAAGUUUUGUGAUGCAUUAGUUCAUUGUGAAAAUAAACAAAAACUUUGUUUAUAACUGACAAAAGUAGUGUUGCAGUAUCUGAAAAAUGGCUAAUGUUGAACGAAAAGGAACAUUCAAGGUGGAAUAUCUCCAGCGCAUCGAACAGGAAGUUCAAGAACGUUGGGAAAAGCAGAAAGUUUACGAGAACAAUGCUCCAGCGCAACCUAAGAAAUCACCCGAUGAAAAAUUCCUAGUGACUUUCCCGUAUCCUUACAUGAAUGGGCGUCUUCAUUUAGGGCAUACUUUCUCCCUUUCGAAGGCAGAGUUUGCCGCCCGUUACAAUCGCCUCAAGGGAAAGCGCGUCCUCUUCCCGUUCGGUUUCCAUUGCACCGGCAUGCCUAUAAAAGCGUGCGCCGAUAAGCUGAAGCGUGAAAUCGAAAUGUACGGAUGUCCUCCACAAUUCCCGGCUGAGGAAGCGGAAAAAGUUGAGGAGGAGAAGGAGAUCAUUCCACAAGACAAAAGUAAAGGUAAAAAGAGUAAAGCAGUCGCAAAAGCCGGCACGGCUAAAUACCAGUGGCAAAUUAUGCAGAGCCUUGGUCUUAGUGAUGACGAGAUCAAGAAAUUUGCUGAUGAAGAAUAUUGGCUAAGUUAUUUUCCUCCGCUGGCAAUAGCUGAUUUGAAACGGUUUGGAUUACAUGCGGAUUGGCGAAGAACCUUCAUCACCACUGACGUGAAUCCAUUCUACGAUUCGUUUAUUCGCUGGCAGUUCAAUCAUCUGAAACAACGAGGAAAGAUUAUGUAUGGGAAACGAUACACUAUCUACUCGCCGAAGGACGGUCAACCUUGUAUGGAUCACGACAGAUCAACGGGGGAAGGCGUAGGACCACAGGAGUACACUUUAAUCAAAAUGAAACUUCUUAAGGCGCCUGAUCAGCUCAAGUCCGUCAAAUCCCCCAUUUACCUCGUAGCUGCUACCCUCCGUCCCGAAACUAUGUACGGUCAAACCAACUGCUGGCUUCAUCCCGACAUCAAGUACAUUGCCUUCAAAGUUAGCAAGUCCGACGAGGUGUGGAUUUGUACGAACCGAGCAGCUCGCAAUAUGUCGUAUCAAGGGUUCACUGCAACCGAAGGAAAAGUUGAAGUUAUAGCGGAAAUGACCGGACAACAGCUCCUCGGUUUGCCACUGUCCACCCCAUUAACAUCGCACAAAACAGUUUAUACACUGCCAAUGUUAUCCAUCCGUGAAGACAAGGGCACGGGAGUGGUAACGUCUGUGCCUUCGGAUUCGCCAGAUGACUACGCUGCUUUAGUUGAUCUUCAAAAGAAGGAAGCGUUCAGAGAAAAAUACGGUAUUAAGGAUGAGAUGGUGCUACCUUUCGCACCAGUACCCAUCAUAGAAGUUCCAGGUCUAGGUAAUCUGAGCGCAGUCACUGCCUACGAGAAACUCAAGAUCCAAAGCCAAAAUGAUAAAGAUAAGCUAACAGAGGCGAAGGAGCUCUGUUAUUUGAAAGGUUUCUAUGACGGAGUCCUCCUUGUGGGUGAGUUCGCCGGCAAAAAGGUUCAAGACAUCAAGAAGGAUGUGCAAAAGAAACUUAUUGCUCAGAAGGAAGCCGACAUCUACUACGAGCCGGAAAAGACCAUUAUUUCCAGGUCUGGAGAUGUGUGCGUUGUGGCCCUUUGCAACCAAUGGUACUUAAAUUAUGGUGAACCGACUUGGCAGGGCCAAGCGUUCAAGGCUUUGGAGGAUAUGGAAUUGUAUCACGAUGAAGUCAGGAAUAAUUUCGAAGGUUGCUUAAAUUGGUUGCAUGAGUAUGCUUGCUCGAGAACUUAUGGGCUGGGAACGAAACUGCCGUGGGAUGAGCAGUGGCUGAUUGAGUCGUUAUCUGAUUCAACCAUCUACAUGGCCUUCUACACAGUAGUCCAUCUACUACAAGAUGGAUCGUUUAGAGGAGAGAAACCUAGUCCACUGGGUAUAACACCCAAGGAUAUGACAGGAGAAGUCUGGGACUACAUAUUCUUCAAGGAAACUCCUUACCCCAUAUCAACCAAAAUUAAGAAGGAGCAUCUAGAUUUGUUGCGUCGUGAAUUCGAGUAUUGGUAUCCAGUUGACCUUCGUGUUUCCGGAAAAGAUUUGGUUCAAAACCAUUUAACCUUCUUCAUUUACAACCAUUGCGCAAUGUGGCCAAAGGAUCCAGCAAAAUGGCCAAAAGGUAUCCGUGCGAAUGGACAUUUGCUUCUCAAUUCCGCAAAGAUGUCCAAGUCGGACGGUAAUUUCCUGACGCUGUACGAAGCUAUUGAAAAGUUCAGCGCAGACGGCAUGCGGCUGUGUUUAGCCGAUUCUGGUGAUAGUGUAGAAGAUGCCAACUUCGUAGUGAGUACAGCGGACGCAGGAAUUCUUAGGCUAUACACUUUCAUAGAAUGGGUCAAAGAAAUGAUUGCUUCUAAGACUAUGUUGCGAAAAGGUGCGGCGACAACUUUCAACGAUAAAGUGUUCAUCAGUGAAAUGAAUCUAAAAACGAAACAAACUGACGAGAACUAUAAGAAAAUGCUCUUCAAAGAAGCCUUGCGAACAGGCUUUUUCGAACUCCAACUGGCUCGUGAUAAGUAUCGUGAAUUGUGUGGCGCAGAAGGAAUGCAUGUGGAUUUAGUAUUCGAGUUUAUUCGCAGACAGGCUCUCCUUCUGUCGCCGAUUUGCCCACACGUAUCUGAACAUGUGUGGGAGCUCUUGGGGAACAAGGAAAGUAUUUUGAACGCUGCUUGGCCUGAAGUUGGAGCUAUCAAUGAAAUCGAUAUUCAAUGCUCCGAAUAUCUCAUGGAAGCAGCGCAUUCGUUCCGUCUGAACCUGAAAAAUCUCUUACAAAUCAGAGGAAAAGGUGGAAAGGAGAAGGCAGCUGAUCCCAACGCUAAGCCCAGUGGAGCAACUAUUUGGGUAGCUAAAACUUAUCCUGCAUGGCAGUGCUGCGUGCUUGACACUAUGCUCGAGCUGUAUGAAAAGAACAACGGUCUGCCUGAUAACAAAACGAUCUCCGUGGAACUCGGCAAAAAGGAGAUACUGAAGAAGUACGUGAAACGAGUGAUGCCUUUCGCUCAAAUGGUUCGUGAAAAGGUUGAAACGCCAAACGGAAAGGGCAAAGCUGCAAUGGCGAAAGCCCUGGACUUUGACGAAAGAGAAGUUCUAGUCAACAACCUUGGAUAUUUAAAAAAUACCUUAGAUUUAGACACUCUGAACAUCAAAUAUACCGACGAUGCGUCAGCUCCCGAGAAGACAAAGGAGGAGGUACGACCUGGGGCUCCAUUCAUCGCCUACGUAAUUCUUCCUAACGUCCCGAUUACUCUUGACAAUCCCAUAGAGCGUUCAGGGCUAUUCACCGUGAAUACAGUUGUAUCGGAAGGUGACACCUCAAAAAGCCUUUAUGAGAAAGUCGCCAAGAUUAUCGGACUCAAAGAAAUCCGUGGAUUGAAAAUUUGGCGCUAUGAAGAUCCAAUUAUGGGACCACGAAAAAUGCCCAAAUUUAAUGAUUACAAGUCGGGUAAAGUUCCACUGGAAGAAGGAGCGUUUGAUAUAUCCGUGGAGAAGAAGGAAAUUCAUCUAAAAGCGGACGGAAAAAGUAUUCUCAUCGGUACACACCUAAUAUAUGUGGUUGAGUGAUAUUUAUGAAAAUAAAAGCGAAUGAACUUUAAUUUAAUCCGAGAUAUGUGAAAAUAUUGAAAAGUAUUGCCGUUUAAAACGGAAAUAUAAAAUGAAGAAUUUUUGAUUUAUAA